AUGACAGUAUAUUCAUUCUGCCAGAGUUUCUUGAAUACUCUAUUGACGCAUUUUGUUGAAAAGGACGCGUGUGCAAAGAUAUACAAGCAAGGCGUUGAACAAUCAGAACAAGACAAUAAAGUAGUGAAAGUUAGCUAUCAAGAUGCAAAAGAAUGUUUGGAGAGUUUUAGAUAUAAUCGGACGAUAGCUGUUAAAACACUUGACACCAUCAAAAAAACACUUCAAGGAUUUUAUCCAUAUCUGGAAAAAGCCAAAGAAGAACCAGCACCAGAGUUUAGUACCAAACCUGUUGAUCUUAUUAAAGAGCUUGAUUUGUUACUUGAGAGGGAUGAUUACACCACGGAUCUUCAGUUUAUGACAGAUGUCCAGGACACCGUUGGGUCACUAAAGGAUGGACAUCUUUUUUUCUCAUCGAACUGUUACGUGAGUCGAUUCGUAUUUACACAGCAACUCUAUUUGUAUUCUACGAUUAAAAAUAAUGAAACUCAGGUAAUCCAAGUCCUUGAAGACUUACUAGAUCCUAGUAACGAUGAAUGUGAAGUUACCAAAAUCGAUGAACAUCCAGCGAUGGAAGUCAUCAUUGAAUUUGCAUAUACACUUCCAGAAUUUAGAGAUCUAGGAGUAGCAUUUAACAAUGCAUUAACUUCUUAUACUAUAAAUAAUGGAACAAAUAUUUCACUUAAUCAGCCACAAUUUACGACACGUUCUAAUCUUCCAGAAAAAUCUAGUAUUUCGUACACGUUGACUUGUACUAAAAAAAACUCUACGAUAAUUGAAAAAACUAUCUCGCGAGAAUGGGUAGCGAUUGAUCAAAUACCCAGAGUGUUUAAAGAUUCAAAAACAUAUUGGAACGAAUUUUGUAUUGCGAAACAUAAUGAUACAAAGGUGAUUACGGAAAACAAAAAUAAAGAACUUGAAUUGAAACAUGGAAGAUUGUUAUAUAGUGAAGAUUUUGCAAGUUUUUACACAUUGGGAGAAACUGGAAUCGUAGUAAUUUCAUCAUUUAUAUCCGAAAGUAGUAAUGACACAAAGGUUGUGAUGGAUAUGAUGAAAGGAUUAAAUCACGGAUUUAAAUUGCUUGCCCAAGCACGCGUUAAGAAGCUUGUAUUAGAUUUACAAAAUAACAAUGGAGGCUUUAUAGAAGUAUCACAAUUUGUCGUUCAUCGCCUCUUUCUCUCAGCAAAUCCAUUCUUUCCAAAUGACAACUUAGUCACGCCAUUGUUUUCCUUAUCAGUUCAAAAAGCAUCAGAAAAAUCAGAGCCGUCCACUGAUUUUAGUCCAAAAGCAUAUCUUAACGCAUAUACUUAUCAGCAAUUUGAUAGUGCAACGGACUUUCUCGGUGAAAAUUAUCAAAUUCGGGACAAUAAUAAAGUUCGUACCACGAAUAAAUAUAUUGACGCGAACAAUACGCAAGAUUUUCAAGAAAUAAUUGGGUCAAAUAUUAAACCGCUUCCGUGGCAAUCAAAGGACAUGAUCAUAUUAACAAAUGGCUUAUGUGGAUCAGCAUGUGCAGCACUAGCACAACAUUUAUCAGACUACGAAAAUGUCAAGACAGUUGCAGUUGGAGGAUUCUAUAACAGACCUAUGUCAUAUUCGAGCUUUAUCGGUGGAAGCGUGACAGACUUUGUAACAUUGAUGGGAAUGCUUAAAGAAUUAAAUGUGACAGAUGAUAACAUUGCGCCUAGAGAGUUUUUAGUAAGUACAACAUUUAGUUUCACCUUCAGAGAGAUUUAUGGUUGGAAAGAUGAGAGAGAGUUGUUGGAGUUUAGUUUUAAACCAGCAAAGGAAAGACUAUAUUAUAAUAAUAAGAAUGUUAGGGAUCCUAGUUUGUUGUGGGUUGAGGUUGCAAAGUUGAUUGAUUGA